AUGUUAUUAUGUCUGAAGCAGCAGGAGGUGGGUCAAUCAAACCUCCAUGAUGGAUGUUCGUCGAACGUCAUUGGUGCCCUAAGCCCAGCCACGCCCACUUUACCGCCCCUCGAAAGCGAAGCGUGGUUGCCAACUUCAGUCGGUCGAAAGCGCGCGAUGGAUUCGGACCGCUGUGAAGAUACUUCCAGUAUUCUCAAUUACGGUUUGGACGUUAAGCCUAUGAGGUUGGUGCCCAGUCCGACUUCAGGGCCUCGGCACACCAUCGACAACAUUUUGGGUUUGGUCAGGAAGGGGGACGAGCUGAUGAUGGAGCGAGCCCAGACUCCCGGGAAUGUCGAGAGUGCCGGCGAGGGCAGCUGCAACUCGAACGACGCCGUCACCGACCUGCGCUACUCAAAGAUAAUCUCAUCGUCGGCGGCAACGGGCAGCGGCUCCGAGGACGAAGGGGCGGCCGCCGGCGGGGGCAUCCCGGGCGGCAGCCCGCCCGACCCAGACGGCUGCAAGAAGAAGCACCGCCGCAACCGCACCACCUUCACCACCUACCAGCUGCACGAGCUGGAGCGCGCGUUCGAGAAGAGCCAUUACCCGGACGUGUACAGCCGCGAGGAGGCCAGCGAUCUUGUUGUAAACCAACACACAGCUCAAAUUAUUACGACUGUUCAGCAGGGUCGUAUUUCGGAGGGUAUUAAAGGAAACUUGAGAAGAGAUAGUGGAUUCAUGAUUUCAGCAACUAUAACCUCGCCAGUAUACGGGGUGCUUUGUUAA